CCAUUAUCAUUGUGAUGGCCUUCGACUCGGAAGAAAGCCCCAUAGAGCGCAAGCUGGCAUUACUCGCCCUUCAAAAACGAGACAGUAGCAUCAAGAGCAUCUUGACUCAUGCACCGCACGCUGUUCUAUUCCACCUCAACCACUCUCCUCUUUCUGGCGACCCUACCCCCACCUGGGAGAAGGUCGACAUUGAAGGCCUCCUGUAUCUGGUCAAUACCGUCAAUGGUCAAUUCCGAUUGAUGCUCCUGGACAGUGAUCAGUCUCCGUCUGGUAUCCCUGACUACGCUCAAGGGGACGUAUGGACCAUCACUCUCACUCAAGACGUAGUUGCUGAGCAGCAUGGACAUACUUUGCAUCUUAGGACUGCCAACAGUGAAGUUUUCGCUAUUUGGUUCACCUGUGCUGAAGUCGCCGACCGGGUGUGCUCCUACGUUGGGUCGAUACUCUCCGCCCGGCCCCUCCCCAGCCCUCCAUCUCCUUCCGACCUCCUCAAGAUGAUAUUGGCCCAACGUGCCCCUAAAGUGGCCUCUACUACGCCCUACCAGAAUGAUAGUAGCAACGGCGAAGGAAGUGCUCAAGGAUCCGAGCACGAGGAGAUGCUUCCGUCCUCGAGUGUGCCCAGUGUGGAAGGCUCUAACUCCUGUGCCUCCUUGACCAGCAAUAGCAACAUUGCCGCUGGUCAGCACAUCCUGAGCCUUUUGAAGGGUAGUGGGAAGAACACUACUCCAGCAUCAACGGAAGCGGUAUUGGAGUCCCCUACGCGUAGCCAUAAUUCACAACCUAGUCGCUCGGCUGAAGUGGAGGAAGGCCCUGAGGGACGUCAGGGAGUUACAAUGGAUACCUUCCAAAUGCUCGAGGCCGAGCUCUCUAAAGCCAGCCCUUCUUGUGAUGAAGAAGAUGAUGAUGACUGUAGUGAAUCGACAGCCGGCCCUUUGGAGGGAAUAUGUGUGACGAGGAGCAAGCUCCGACAGGCUCUGGUUGACGUUGUCAGCUCAGAUGCCUUCCUUGAUAUGUUCUUGCAACGGUUGAGUAGUAGUAGCUAGCCACUGUUUGGCGAAUUUUACCAGUCCUUGCUAUGCUCCUGUGCGGCUUAUGCUGGCGUCAUGAACGUUUACGUAUUCCCUUGUAGAUUGGCCGUUCUUUAUUUCGCUCCAUCAUAUGUAAUAAUAUCUACCAUACCUCUUUCUC